CUUCACCACUGCAAGCUGUAUCACCAGAGUGCCACGCCGCAUUCCUAGGUCGGCUAGCUGCGGCCCUGCUGUGCUAGGCAGCACUGCGACCCACAAUCAAUACUGAAACAAUAAUACGCAUAUGAUAGCCAUUCGCUGCGACUUAAUGUAGCUCAUCCUGGAAGUCAACUCCGUUGACUAACUCAUUUGGUUGGGUCGCAGAGCCAAAGCUCGAGGUUCUGUCCCGAGCUCGCUAGCCAGAUAGGUUCACCAAAUUACAUUGCAAAGCUGCGUUUGAAAUGCAACCACCAGCGCCAAGCCACGGAGGGGCCAGGGUAGCAUGGGCAGCGGACUUCGCAUCGAAGCGACCGGCAGACACGGCCGGCCAGGAGAAUAUGCCUACAAGCGGGGCUGCUGCUGCUAGUACCAGCGGCAGGCACGGGCCCGAGCGGCCACUGCAGCCGGCUCCCCAGCAAGUUGCCCGGGGCGCACACACUACCACGACCUUCGCCCCUAAGGACUUCCCGCACCCAAGACGGCCACUGGGCGACCCGCCUGUCACGGAGCUCAAUCCAACCACCUCCUCGCAAAACAUCCGACUCAAGCACCGAGCCAGCACCCUGAUUCAAAAAUAUGCUGGCAGCCGAUGGCGCGAGGCUCAGCGCACCAAGUGGCUCAUCGACAUCGUGUGUCACAUCGACACCGACUACCGGGACUACAUCAUGGAGCAGGCGGCGGAGAUUGCGACGCUUCACCAGCAGCUGGAGCGGACCAACGGACUCCAGGCCACCGCCGCCCACAGCGUGCAGCUGCAGAACACCCAGUUGCGCCAGCGGGUGGAUCAGCUGGAGCAGCAGCUGCGGGCGGCGCAGGGCGCGGUGCUGGACAUGCAGAACCGUGUGGCUGCCAGCGAGGCGGUGCUGAACGAGGCAGAGGAGGCGGCGCGGUCGGCGGCGGAGGAAUGCCUGCAGCUGCAGCAGGCGGUGGCGGUGCUGGCUGAGCACGACGCGGCGGCGCGCAAGCAGCUCGCCAACAGGGCGCACGUCAUGCGGGACGCGCUGGUGGCGUCGCGGUGCCGCGUGCGCCAGGCGGCGGAGCAGAGCCGGAAACACCGAGUGGAGGUGGCGGCGGUGCUGACGCUGGCGGCUCAGCGGGCGGAGCAGGACCGCAACGCCCUGGCCGCACAGCUCACCUCCUCCAUGGCGGCAGCCAACACACUGCAGCGCGCAGCGGCGCAGCUCGACGUGCAGCAGCUGCAGCUGGAGCUGGGCGCCUACAAGGAGCCGUGGAGGUACAUGUUCCGCGGCAAGAGCCCGGUGAAGGACCCGGAGGUCUCAAGGCACUUGGGGCUGAAGCCGGGGAGCAUGAACGUGGCGAUACCCUUCUAGCAGGGGAGGGGAUGGCUGCAGGCAGUGGCAGGAUGCAAAGCGUGUGUGGUGGUGGUAUGAUCCAUAGGAGGGGCGCGGUACAGUUUCGGCGCUGGUGGAGGCCCCGUCAAUUGCGGAGUUAUGGAUG